AUGGAAAUACUAAACUUAAUGCCAUCAUUUGCUUGGAAGCGAGACCAUCUUGGGCGUAGCCCCCUCCAUUUGGCUUUGGAAGGGAAGCACCUGCAGAAAGGGCUGAAUCCUUGUGAUCCGGAUUUGGAGUUGAAGUACCAGAAAAUUGUAUCAUGGUUGAUAAAACAUGACAGUGAGCUUGUCCGUGUUAAAGCAAAGGGAAUGGUUACUCCUUUGCACUAUGCAGCUCAACUAGAUGAUGAAUCCAGUUUGGCUGAGUUUUUGCAUGUUUGUCCAUCAUCAAUAAAAGAUUUGACUGUUAAAUCUGAAACUGCCGUCCAUGUCGCCAUAAAAAACGCGAGUUUGAAUGCCUUUAAAGUGUUGUUGGGAUGGUUUCGAUACUUCAACAAAGAAGAGAUGCUGUACAGUAAGGACGAGGACGGAAACAAUGCAUUGCAUACUGCAGUAUCUGCAAAUCAACCUGAGGUGGUGAAGCUGUUGAUUGGAUGUAUGAAAGUGAAUAUAGAGAACAGUAAUGGUUUGACAGCUUUGGACAUGUUCUACGAACGCCAAGCUCAAGGUUUGGUAGAUGCAGCAGUUGGGGACAUUCUACUUACUGCUAAAGCUAAAACUGCAUCUGAACUCCAUCCGCCUUUAAGAGGUUCAGAAAAAACUUCGAAAUUCAAAAAGUUUUCUGAUGCCUUAUCGUGUUCAGAUAUAAUUUUGAGAAAAUUAUGGCUGCUUCACCUAAGCGUAAAUGAAGUUCCUCUUAAAGUGCGAAAUAUACUACUUGUAGUGGCAAUUUUGACCGCCACAGCUACAUAUCAAGCUGCUCUAACUCCCCCCGGAGGAUAUUGGCCAGAUGACGGCAAACUGCAGCCUGCAGCGAACAACACUGGUAUCAGUAACACCACCACCGCCGCUAUCAGUAACACCAACACCACCACCGCUAUCAGUAACACCACCACUACCGCUAUCAGUAACACCACCACCACCAUCUUUAGUACAGAGCCUUCUGAACAACACCAUGCAGGGAAUAUGAUUCUGGGGUCUACACAACAAUUAGUUUUUGUGAUCUGUAAUUCAUUGGCUUUUUUUACGUCUGUGUGCCUAAUUUCGAUUCUCGUAACUGGCCUCCCAUUUUGCAGAAUCAUUCUCACAUUGAUUUCUCUGAUGGCAUUAUCGUAUUAUACUUCUAUUCUUGAAACUUUUUACUUCACCGAUAGUGUCACUGUAAGGAUUUCGUUUAUCAUUUUUAUGCUUGUAAGUGUUCUUACGGCAAAUUAUAUUCCAAAUUUUUUAGAUAAAUUAAAUGCCUACAAGGACCCAACAGCCUAA